AUGAGCGGCAAAGAUAUCACAGUCGAUGCGAGGGAGAGGGAUUUCUUUGGCAGGGGCUAUAUGGAUGCAGCCACCCGUGCAUUCUUCGCGGAGCUCAACAUUUGGAAUUCCAACAUCGGCCUGUACGCCGUUGUCACCUUCGUGGUGGAGUUUGGUGCAAGUGGCGGGACAGCACAGGAGAUUAUGAUCAGCACAAUGACCGAGCGUGUGCUGACUGUGGGCGGCCUCGGCACCGCGCUGGACUGGUUAGCUUUUGUGCUUCUGAUUCUCGUCAUGAUAUUCGUGGUGCAGUUCAUCUUCGAGGAAGUUCAGGAGCUGUACAGCAGCUGGCGUACCUACUUCUUUGAUGCAUGGAAUCUCCUCGACUGGGCGAACAUGGUCCUGCUGCUCAUCGGAUUCACCCUGCGCAUGCUGCUCUUCUCCGACGCAGCCAAUGCCAACGUGGGCCUCGAGCAGCUCUCGAACGUUGAUUCUUUUCAGAAUAUCUCAGCCCUGGCCAGCGCGGCCACGACAGUUCGCGUUCUCAACGCCUUCAAUUGCGUUCUUCUUUGGGGCAAGGUGACCAAGUACUUGCGGCAUCUGCCGUUGGUGAAGAAUCUGAUCCGAACGGUGUGGACAGCUUUCGAUUUGUUUCUGCCGUUCCUGAUCAUGUUUGGGGUCGCUCUGGUCGGCUUCGUCAUGGCCUUCAACGUAGGCGACGCUCAGCCUUUCCUGGAGGACCAGUGGAAGGAAGGUGCUGUGUUGCACCUGCGAGGCUUUGGUGACAAGGUUGCCGAAUUGGCCAACUUCACCACGUCGGCAGUGUACCUGCUGGAGCCCAAGGAUGCCAAGGAGUGCAGGGCGUUCCUGAAGGACGUGCAGCUCAUGCCUGUGUAUGCCAUCACACCUUUGUUCGGUGCCGGUUUGAUUUUGCUUUUCUACCUGAACAUGAUCGCCGUGGCGGCCGCAGGCAUAGGCACCAUCUCUAUGCAGAGCCAAAGACGGUCUUUGACAACAGUUGCACCUCAUGUUCUGGUGGAAGUCCUCUCCUACAUCACGCACGAUUCUCGUCGGCUGAAGACCUUUGGUGUGGUGUGCAAAGCUCUCACCGCAACUCUGGACGAGGAGAGCGCUUGGUGGCAUCUUUGCCAGCGGUAUUGGUAUGCUACCGACGACAGGCUGAAGGAGUGGCCGAAGCUCUCAGCACGAGGCUUGUACCGAGCUUUGGAGCAAUGGAUGCCAUUGGAAGGCUUCUAUGUCUUGGCCGGCGCCUUCCCCUGGGGCCUCAUAGCACUGCUGCGCAUCGUCGAGGGCCGUUUGUGCGGCUCCAUCGUGCGCUUCAUGCCCAAAGACGAUGGAGACUUCGCGGAAGUCCAGGUGCCAUUGUUUGACGUGUCGAUCGUGGAAGACAGGCCUGGGAUUCUCAGGAGCUCUUUGACGGCAUCUUGGCUGUCUGGCGCGGCGAGCCUGGCACCCGUGGAAGUGGAAGAUAUCUUGGCCUACACGCAGGAGUCCAGCGUCUUCUCCUCUCGGCGUCUCGCCGAGGCCGCGCUGUUUACUCCUCGUCGGGCGCUGCGUCUGGCAAGCGAGGCACCGACGAUCGCCAAGACUGUGGCCGGCGAUGGCGAAGGCUACGCAGCGCACGCCGUUGCCGUUGAGAUGCCGCUGAAUCCCCCAAGUCUACCAGAUGAUGGUGAGGACCGGGACUCUGACGACUCUGAUGUGUGGCCGGGGCCAGUCUGCAGCAGUUCGUCUUGGAGAGUUGGAGAGCUGGACAAAUCGGAGGAGUCGCUUCUCCAUCGUACACAGGAAAUGCUUCGGGACAUGCUCGGACAGUUUCCAUGCGACUUGGCCCUCAUCCGCAGCCCAGACGAGUUUGUGCCAUUGGAUCCUUCUGUUCCCGGACUGAGACCUGGCCUCUAUGUGGGGGAUUACGGGCAUCGCUUCUAUGGUCAGUUCCGCACCGAAGUGCUGCUCCUUGACUAUGUGCACCUGACCGCAGACGAACUCCGAGAAGAGGCUCAGAUGCCACGGCGGCUCUUCAUGCGCCCACACGGCGAGAUGCCUCCUGCAGAGCUGGCUGCGCUCGCCGAGUUGGACACGCCGAUUGACUUCAUGCGCGGCGUCAAGCAAUGUGGCGACGUGCAUGUACCUCUUGGUGCGACCACCUUCGUGGCAGUGUGCUCUCCGCCAGAGGCUGUGGCAGUGCUGGCUGCGGGAGCGCCACCUCCCACACGAGUUUUAGAUCGACAGACUGGGCAGUGGGCAGCGGUUGCGCGGUCAUGGCGCGGCUUUGGAACGCUGGCAAUGCCAGGCUUUCAACAUCCGAGCUGGGCACUGGGCUGGCUGGUUCAGCUCCAGUCUGCAGGAACACAUCGCUUUGGCUUUGCCUGGGACCGGAACCAGGAUGCAGUUGUCCUCAAAUGGCUGGUUCUCCAGGACACGUGCCCUUUUCUGCAAAGAAGCUGGCUGUUCAUCGCAAAGUACAGCAAGGAGCGGGAAGCCCGGAAUGCUGAACGAGCAUACUGGAAUGAGGACGAGCCCCUGGAGGAGGUUUAUCGGAGGGUCAGCGGCUUCAUCCAGAGAAUCAUGAUCCGCUUCUUCCCCAUGAUCUACGUCAGAUACCGCAAAAUGACCGAAAGGUUGUCGACGCCCGAUGACGAUGCGGGCUCUGAUACCUCCAGCAAGGGAAGGCGCAAGCAGGCGGCCCUGGAGGACAAGAACGAGCGUGGCAGCGCUGGGGGUGGCAAGAAAUCGACAGAUGACGAUCUGCAUUCGAGCCACUCUGGCUUCAGCCACGACAGCAGCGAAGGGCCGCUGAAGCCUGGGGCAGAGGAGCUCAAGCGAGCCAUAGAGCACAUGUCCGGACGGAUUCUCUCGGAACUGACCUUGGUGGGAAUUGAAGUCAAGUCCGAGCUGCACGACGUGACGGAGCGCAUUGCUCAGAUGCAGAUGGCCGUCGAAGAGCUCGCCUGGAGAAUGGAGAAGGUGCGAAGUGAUCAAGAUCAAGAGAUGGCCGAUCCAGAAGAUGCCAUGUGA